UCGCAACGACCAAAGAGGCUGCCGUUGAAAAGAGUGGAAACAGAGGCAUUGUGGCACCGAGGAGUGAGCUGCUGCUUUGAGAGGAAAAAGGGACACAACUGCGACCACAAAGGGACCCAUGAUACGCAGAAAGACAUGGACGUUUACACGCACGGCAGACGCCGGCGUGUGUUUUGAGCACGACCGCGUCCUCCACUCGAAGAUUAUCCGGUGAACGAAGAGUUAAGAGCCGACAACCUAACUGUUUAUUUCGGCUGCUAGCAGGCUAGCUGCCUGCGGACCCAGCAGCUAGACAUGGGAAGCCCGUGUGAGUUUGACUCUUAGGAAACCUUCGAAGUAGCCGCUGUCUUCAGAAGAAAACACCGCCCUUUCGCCGUUUGUUUCUUGCCUCGGAAGGAGCCACAACUUUGAAGAAUGACCAACUAAGCAAUUUUACUCUUGCAGAGCCGAGGAUGAGAAAAGUCUGAAAGGCUGGACGUCAGACUUGCUGGAGGAAGGGAGAACAUGUCCCACGGUCCUCUUCCCGGAACUGUCAGCUGGAAGACGGGCGGACUUUGUCCGCUUCAGUGUUUCCCCUGGGAAUAGAAAUAACGCUAAUGCAGCAUGAGGAUGUGGUAUUGACAUCAUCACGGUGAAAGACUGAGCAAUACCCCUCCCCCUGCCCUGGCCCCUCCCCCAACAUGCUGCGCUACCUGCCUCUCAAACUUGGUCGCCUGUACCGCUGUCUGAAGCUCCUAUUAGUCGUGGGCUUGUUUGUCAUCUUGCUGAUGAACACCCACAACUUGUUUGCCUCCUUUCAGAAGAAUGAGCUGACCGACAGACGUUUCAUCAACCUCAACAAGUGUCCGGCCUGCUUUGGCACGAGCUGGUGUCGCAAGUUCAUGAAUGGACAGGUUUCCUUCGAGACAUGGGGUCGCCUGAGAUUUCUGGACAUUUUCAAUGUCAAGAACGUUUACUUUGCUCAGUACGGCGAACCCAGAGAAGGCACUCGACGCGUGGUGCUUAAAAGACUGGGCUCCAACCAAGAACUUGCUGAGAUAGACCAGAAAAUCUGCAAGAGGGCCACUGGAAGGCCCCGUUGUGACCUAAUCCAAGCAAUGUACAAAACUGAAUUUGCGAGGAUAAAUGGCGACGUUCGCCUAUUAACGCCUGAAGUGGUGGAGGGCUGGUCAGAUCUAGUCCACUGUCCCUCUCAGAGACUGCUGGACCGUGUUGUCCGCAGAUAUGCUGAGACCAAAGACUCAGGUAGCUUCCUGCUGAAGAACUUGAAGGACACUGAAAGAAUGCAGCUGCUCAUGACUCUGGCGUUUAACCCUGAACCGCUGGUUUUGCAGAGCUUUCCAUCAGAUGAAGGGUGGCCGUUUGCCAAAUACCUGGGAGCAUGCGGGCGCGUGGUUGCUGUCAACUACGUGGGCGAGGAGCUGUGGAGCUUCUACAACGCGCCCUGGGAGAAGAGAGUAGACUUGGCACGGCAGUUGAUGGACAUCGCUGAGCAGCUAACGAACAACGACUUCGAGUUUGCCCUCUACCUUCUCGACGUCAGCUUUGAUAACUUCGCUGUCGGCCCACGCGACGGAAAGGUCAUCGUUGUAGACGCUGAGAACGUACUGGUGGCGGACAAAAGACUGAUUAAGCAGAACAAGCCGGAAAACUACGACGUGUGGUACGAAAGCCGCUUCGAGGAGUGUGACCGAGAGGCCUGUCUGUCAUUCUCCAAGGACUCGCUCUGCUCCAGGGUCACCGUGGACCACAACUACUACGCCGUUUGCCAGAACCUGCUGUCGCGGUACGCUACGUGGCGGGGCACGACGGGCGGCCUCCUCCACGACCCCCCUGCCCACAUAGCCAAAGAUGGACAACUAGACGCACUGCUGGAUGAGUGCACCAAACCCAAGAAACGCUACGGCCGAUUCCAGGCGGCCAAGGAACUGCGCGAGUACCUCACACAGCUAGCUGCCGCUUCUGUUUCUGCUCCAGCCAGGUAAUUAAUGGACUUGGCGUCAGCCUGAGAGACAGUAACUCGAACCCCUGACACCCUCCAAACCCCGGUUCUUGUACAUGAUGUCAUUCGCUCUCCCGUGCAGAGGAGCAGGAAGUUGUUGCGUCAGGAAAUGUAGGAAUCACAUUUCAAAGAAGUUCAUGAAAGCUGUAUCUAUUAACUGGCAUUGCUUUGAGGUUAAACAGGAUCCAGGAAGCGAGUCAUUCUGGCCAGCGCCGGGAUUGAGAGAAGCCAACUCCCCUCUUCACAGUCCGUGGAGAGGAAUUUGGUGGGGAGAGGGGGGGGAGCAACAAGAAAGGGCUUUAAGAGACUCAUUGGACCAGACAAUGUGUUCAAGCAGCAGCAGCACCGCCUCCAUCCUGCUCGAACCUCAUUUCUUGUUAAAUCCAAUUCCAAGUCUUUCCCCUGAUUUUAAGGUUAAAUCCAAGGACGUUUCGUUCAUUUUUGUUUGGUGGCAGGGCGCGUGGAGGCAGCGUCACUGCGCUGCUGUGGGCCUGCAGGGAGGAAGGGGGCGGUAGCUUCAGGGCUUUGUAUUUUCAUGCAGGAGUGAAAUAGACCCCAGGCAGCUGUAUAUGUCUAAUUCCCUGCCUCUUUAAUCAAUCACUCGAUUUGCAGGAUCCAGAAUUGUGGCAAUCUAUUUUUUUUUUCAAAGAGGAACCAGAGGACGAGAGAAGCAGCUGCGCAUAGGAAAGUGAUAAUUGUCCCAUGAUGGAGAUAUGCCUAUACCAAAGAGGCUGCAUGUUGUGUUAGGAACUCCAAAGGAGGGAAGAGUGAUGACACUUCAUCUCCUUUUCCCAGGCGAGAUUUGUUUUACUUUUAUUUUCUGAAUCAACAUGUGCACCAUCGCUAAUGGGCUCUCGGCUUAUUUUGCUGCACUGUGCCGCCAGAAUCCACAUCUAUUCAUUUCCCUUCUUUUGCUUUGACAUCACAAUUUCAAGCGUCCGCAGGUGGCGUGUACAUUGCAAAUUAUUCUUUAUUAGUGUGGAUACACAGCCAGAACUUCAAUGGAGACACAAAAAAGUCUUUUGAAUUAAAUGAAUUGGCAAAUCCAUUUGAAUAGAUUUUGGGAAGUAAUACAUAAGGGAACAAGGUGAAGAAAUAACUGAUCGUAUUUGUGAUUUACAGUGAAACUAAAUUCUGCAAAUUGUGCCGAUGCCAGAUGGAGACAGUCGAUAUCCUCUAUACUGUGCAUUUUCAUCUGUCAUGCUUUAUUGAACGUCCGCAACUGCUAUCCAUCUUUCUCAAAAGAAGGCGAAUAGAACUUGAAGAAAUGUCAUCUAUGAUCUGCUUUGAUCAAGAGAAACUUAAAUCCCAAAUGCCACAUCAAAAGGUAACCAGAAGUUUCAUGCUUCGCUGCAGUUGUUAAUCAAAUAGAAUUGGCUUAAAACCUGCAUGUCUAAAUCCACAACCAGCAACUGCUGCAUUCUGGAAGGAAAACGUCGCAGCCCUCGUAUUCCUGUUGAAUAUUUCAACACCACUUAGAGUUUGGGUUGAUUUUACACUCACUGGACCAACAAAUUGAAUCAUAAUUGCAAAUAAAGUCGCUUUUGCAGCAUAUGCUUUGUAUAUCUUGUGUCCUGAUGUGGUGAACGAGACGCUAAAUGCCCAGCGGAUUGACGGUCAAUCUACAGCAACUCAACAUGCACCCCUCCAUCUGUGGGGAAAGCGAGGAGGCUGUUUUGUUUGGCUCCCCCCCCCCCUCUUUCCUAUGAGACCUGUGGAGAUGAAACACGUCGGUUUGGAAAAAAGCAAUAAAGAGAGGUUUGGCUAAUGCAUUUUGAAUUACCCCCUGUACCCCGUCUAUGUUGUGUUGUAUGUAUUUCCCUAGUGUGGACAACAAGAAAGAUUUGCUUAAAUUACUGUCCACUUUUGUACUGUAAUGUUUCUUUUUGAGUACAAUAUCAGCAGUGUCUGAUUUUUCCUGUGCCUUUCAUUGAAAAGUUGUAUUGACAACUUUUAGUGGGUUUAAAUAUUAAAAUAAAUGAAGAUCUAUAUAUAGAUAUAU